AUGCUGCUCCAAGCAGCCCGAUCGCCUUGCUGGCGCAUCCCCGCGCGCUCGAUAACCCACCGUUCCGCGUUUCCGCGAUCAAGUCCUCUACCGGUUGCCCUCCGCGGAGCUCAGGUCAGAACAUCCUCAACGAAAAAACAGCCGGACGAGACCACUUCGACAGAUAGCAAAACGCCGGCAGCUGGACCAUUAUCAUCGUUAUCAUCGAAGCCAGGUUCCCCUGGCCCAAACAAGCCACGAAAUGCCGCAGCUCCGAAGAAGGACCUGCUCAGCGAGAGCACUAUUGCAAACAAGGAACAAAGAAAAGCAGAUUGGGCAAUAAUGCGGGAAAUGGCGAAAUACCUUUGGCCGAAGGGUGAUUGGGGAACUAAGCUUCGUGUAGGGACAGCUCUGUCCUUGCUAGUUGGAGCAAAGAUUCUGAAUGUUGAAGUUCCCUUCUACUUCAAGAGCAUCGUUGACUCGAUGAACGUCGAUUUCGCCUCCCUAGGUGGGACAGCGUACACAGUAGCCGGGUCAAUGAUCAUUGCCUACGGUGCAACUAGAAUCGGCGCCACGUUGUUUCAAGAGCUGCGGAAUGCUGUUUUCGCAAGUGUCGCUCAAAAGGCCAUCCGCAAGGUUGCUCGUAAUGUCUUCGAACACUUAUUACGGCUAGACCUCAACUUCCAUCUGUCAAGGCAGACCGGUGGACUUACGAGAGCAAUUGAUCGCGGAACUAAAGGUAUCAGCUUUCUGCUGACGUCAAUGGUGUUUCACGUCGUACCAACCGCGUUGGAGAUAUCUCUCGUAUGCGGUAUCUUAACGUAUCAGUAUGGUGCUCAAUUCGCCGCAAUAACCGCGGCCACUAUGGUGGCCUAUUCCGCUUUCACGAUCACAACGACGGCCUGGAGAACCAAGUUUCGGAGGCAGGCAAAUGCAGCCGACAACCGGGGAGCCACGGUUGCCGUAGACUCGUUGAUCAACUACGAGGCCGUGAAGUACUUUAAUAACGAAAAAUUCGAGGUUGCACGCUACGACAAGGCUCUCAAGGCUUACGAAGAUGCUUCAAUCAAAGUUACGACGUCCCUGGCCUUUCUGAAUUCCGGCCAGAACAUGAUUUUCUCGAGUGCGCUGGCCGCUAUGAUGUAUCUGGCUGCUGAUGGGGUCGCUACUGGCAGCUUGACUAUUGGCGACUUGGUGAUGGUGAACCAACUGGUCUUUCAGCUCUCUGUGCCAUUAAACUUCUUGGGCUCCGUCUACCGGGAGCUGCGUCAGUCGCUACUUGAUAUGGAAACGCUGUUCAACUUGCAGAAGGUGAAUGUGAGCAUCACUGAACGGCCGGAUGCCAAGCCACUGGAGCUUAAACAGGGAGGCGAGAUCCGGUUCGAGAAUGUUACCUUCGGGUAUCAUCCAGACCGCCCUAUCCUCAAGAACGCAACCUUUACAAUCCCUGCUGGUCAGAAGUUUGCUAUUGUCGGACCUAGUGGCUGUGGCAAGUCCACAAUUCUGAGGCUGUUGUUCCGAUACUAUGAUGUCCAGCAAGGCCGCAUUCUUGUUGACGGCCAAGACAUCCGAGACGUCACCCUGGACAGCUUGCGGAAAGCAAUUGGUGUUGUCCCUCAAGAUACACCAUUGUUCAACGACACAAUCGAGCACAAUAUUCGCUAUGGACGGAUUGAGGCGUCUGAUGAAGAGGUUCGCCGAGUCGCUCGGCGCGCACAUAUUCAUGAACUCAUUGAGAAACUUCCCGAGGGGUAUGGUACCAAAGUUGGCGAGCGUGGAAUGAUGAUAUCGGGCGGAGAAAAGCAGAGGUUGGCUAUUUCGCGGCUGCUGUUGAAAGAUCCUCAACUGCUCUUCUUCGACGAAGCGACGUCCGCCCUCGACACAUACACCGAACAAGCCCUGAUGCAGAAUAUCAACAGUAUUUUGAAAGAGAAGGGGCGGACAAGCGUGUUUGUUGCGCAUCGAUUACGGACAAUCAAUGACUGCGACCAGAUUCUCGUCCUAAAGGAGGGACACGUCGCGGAGCUAGGAUCGCACCGCGAGCUCCUUGAUCUGAAUGGAAUCUAUGCUGAAUUGUGGAACGCCCAAGAAACGUCCCUGGCGCAAGAUCCAGAGUACGAACGCAACGUGGAGCUCGAGGAUGAGACACUGACAGAGGCCAAGGACAUGGGUCCGAAUCGGAAGUAA